AUGUGGGCACCAAUUGACCCAAGCAGUCCAAACGCAGAUUCAUGCGUAGAGUGUGUAGUCGGAACAUACCCCAUAACGGAUAAAGACUUCCCAUACGACAUCUCUUCAGUGCGCUUUCAGUAUAGCUACCGAAAAGACACAGUCAGCAUUUUAGAUAUAAACAGCAGGGCAAUUGAAUUGAAUGUGUCAGUGGGGUACAUACGGGUGCGGAAUAAAAUGACAUACCAGGAGUAUGCAGACAUGGUCUUCCAGCAGAUAGAAAGCGUGCUAUCCGGCAAGCCCGUUGUAGAAAUAGAGAUGAAGCCAAAGGAGCAGAAAGCUGUGCACCUAGACAUAGCCAGCACCCCUAUUAAGGAAGGAAACUACAUUUCAUUUAAGUAUAUAGCAAAACACGUGCAGGCAUUUAAAAUUAAUAAAGCAGUUCUCUCUGUAUUCUGCAAGCGGUGCAAUACUUUAAAUAUAAAGACAGUGGGAGGAGAUGAUAUGGACAUAAAGAAGAAUACAAAGACCAGGUUUAACUGCAUUAAAUGCACUGGCCUUCUGACAAUUGACAGCUCCUUUCAUUUGAUUGUGCCAGAAGGCGAAAAUAGAAAUAAUAUCAUGCGGCUUGAGUGCUCAGGUCUAUAUAACGCGUCCAUACGCUCGCUUGCAAUAAAUUGUAUUUGCAGCGAAUGCAGUGCAGUGUCUCUUCUGGAUCUAAACAAAAAACACCAGUGCUCUUGCGGGUGCAUGCUAGAGGUGAUGCAGGAUAGAUCAAACCCGUUUAUGGAAGUUAUACACCAGAAUCUCACAUCUCGCAGUAUGCCUGCAAAGGGGGACGUUCCUGCUCUUUUGAAAACUGGAGGAACCUGCGAGCACUACAAGAAAUCUAGUAGAAUAUUCAUAUUUCCAUGCUGCAACACAAGAUAUGCUUGCGAUGUGUGCCAUAAUAAGCACGAGUCGCAUGCUGCAGAGAGAGCUUCACGGAUGAUAUGCGGAAAGUGCGGUGUUGAAGGGCCUGUUAGCCCUGUCUGUGGGAGCAGCAUAUGUAAAGCCUCUCUUACCGGCAAAGCAUCUUCAUUUUGGGAGGGAGGCAAAGGAUCCCGUAAUAAGGUAACAAUGUCCAGAAAGGAUUCAAAGAAAUACUCAAAAUAA